ACGGUUUUUUUUUUUCCUUCCAUCGUUUUCGUCCCCUUUUCUUUUCGUUUGAGCCUCACCGACAGACAGAUCGCGGAAGACUCGCCGUUGGCAAAUCCUAAAUCGUAAUAGGAUCAAUCCUCGUCCAUCUCUUUGCUUGUUUGAUUUGAGAGACAAUUUGGUUCAGUUUUGGAGAAUGGUGGUUGCGCCGCCCAUGCCAUUGCAUUCUUUCCAUCCUGCGUUUCCUUGUGAUAAAAUGAAAUCCUUUUGGUUUUGGUAAAAGAAUCCGAUCUUUGGUUUGGGAAAGAACAUUAGGGGUUUUCUUCUGUAAAGGUAUUUGCUGCAUUUUGAAAAUUUGAAGUCUUUUCUAUCCGGAUGGGGGUUCCUGGAUUUGGGAAUUCUGAUGCUUGUCGAUUUUUGGCGGUUCUCCGUGGGUCCUGAUCAGAAUGCGGAGUUGCACUGUGUUUUGACCAUCAAAAGGAGAGGAAGGUUCUGUUUUUGCUUACAUCGGUUUGCUGUUCGUUAUCAUGGAUAGGCAAAGAACAAUAGAUGGGGAUGUUGUAGACUUGGAGUGUGGCAUGAGUUCACUGAUGCAACCACAGGAAGGAGCAAACGAAAUGGGCUCUAGCUCAGGGCAGGAAAAGAAUGCAUUGAAUAGGGAAUCGGGUGGAUUUGUGGGCAUUAAUGAGUUGUAUGGUGAACAAGUUCCAAACAUAACUGAGCUUCCUGUCACACAUGCCCAUUCAAAUUCCGGGGCUUCCUUGAACAGGAGGGAAGGAGAAGAAAAGCAGAGUUUGUUUAAAUUGGGAGCUGAGAAGAUAAAAAAGACGCGAUGUAAAAAGCCUCCAAAACCUCCCCGUCCUCCCACAUCUACGCCCUUGGAUGCUACUGAUCUGAAGAUGAUUAGAGAGAUAUCUGAGCUUGCCAUGAUGAAGCGGGCAAGGAUUGAGAGGAUGAAAAAUAAGAAGAAAAAUGCCAAAUCAUCAUCUUCUAAUGGCAACCUGUGUGCCAUGGUUGUUACCAUUAUUUUUUGCCUUCUUCUAAUCUGGCAAGGAGCUUUAUCGUGGGGUAAUUCUAACACCAACCAUCAUGGUUCUCCCCAAUCUUCCAUAAGAGUAGAUGGUGGAUUCAUUUCUCUUCAAUUCGACAAGGAUGCCUCAGUAAACGGCCUCGAUAUGCCCCACUCAGCAUCUCCAACUAAUGUAGGACCUAUAACUAACUAAGUUGAGCAUUAGAUGGAAAGAAGAAUGGAGACCUCAAUCCAAUUCCUUCCAGCAAUGGCAGUAUAAUCAUUUGCGGUUCCUGUAAGAAAUAGUUUUGUACAUCACUUCGCUCUUUGUCAUUUUAUCCUUUUUGGGCAGAGACUAAAGAACGGCACAUAUCGUCUUAUGUACUCAUAGCCGCGUUCUUUGUAUAUAGGAAUUGAUAACUCAAGGAUGUGGAGUUGGAAAUUCUUUCUUUGGGCCUUGAACUUCUUGUUUAAA